CGGCGAGAGGAUUGCAAAACAAGUCGAAACCCAGUUUAAACUUUAACUGGAAAAAUAGAAGGACGCAGACGACAAGCUUAGACUUUUGACGUCGACCUGUCCGCCAGAUGGAACAUUCGAGGGUACGUGCACAUGGCCAAUGGCCACAGCUGUUCAACUCCCAUAUUGUCUCACCCACCCCUCAGCCCGUCACGUACCAACUCAGUACUCAACAGUCUUUGACACCAAAUACAUUGAGGGCGGAGAUCAUGCUUGACGAACCGUUGGCUGGAUACAAAAAGAGAGCCAGGACCCGCCUGCAGGAGCUGAUGCUGAAGGAGAGCUAUCCCCCAGGACAUCCGAUGGUGGUCGGCACCGGAUUCCACCUCGACAUGGGUACAGCAGCGGCAGCAUCUGCAGUCUACUCCGCCCCGAGUGUCGCACAUUUCUACAAAGGCUGUGAUCUAUUUUACCAAGUGUGGUGUCCACCGGCGGCACCCCUCUCGCCCGGGGACGGAACCCAGGAUCCGCCGACGAAACCAUUUUUUUAAUCGGGGUUAAUCCAUUCUCCCUUCGUGCCAUACAUCUCAGGAUAUCUUAACCAAAUCGUUAUUAUUGUUUUUUUUUAAUAUUAAAGAAAUUAUUUUUUAACAUAUCUUUUGUAUUGAUUAUUGGUGGAUGGGUUGCGUUUUAUCUGGGCAGUAUUUUUGUGCAAUUGUUAAUUAACUACAGAUGACUUUCCUAUUUUAUAUUUAGCCUUUACGAGAGAAAAAUUAUAAGAAAGUAUUAUUUUUAAAUUGCCAAAGUUUAAACAAAUAAGUAGAAAUAACAAGUGUUAGAUUAUAUAUUGACCAAUUAUUUUGUCUAUUUAACAUUUAUAAAUAUAUAGAUAGAGUGUAUUAUAUGGAAGCAGGAAAUGUCAUAUUUAAUAUGUAUAUCACUUAAUGUGUGCAAUCAGAUAAAACUCUGUUAUUGAUUAUUGUAAUACAUGUAUACCUAGUCCAAAGUA